UUACGCUAGACGCGGUACCAUUCGGUUUGGGUUGGAAACGUUUUUUACUUCAAAAAAAUAAAUAUUUACUGAAUCACAAAUAAUUCAAAAAUCCGCUAACGACUAAAAAAGCACGAAAUGCCAGGACAAAGUGAAAAACUGAAAGUUUUAGUCACACAUCCAGCAACUCCACAGGCUGCUAUUGACUUAUUGUCGCGAGACUAUGAGGUAAUCAUUUGCCAAAGUGUGCCGUCGACACGUUCGGAGAUUCUGGAGAAGUGCAAGGGUGUGCAUGCUGUAUUGUGGGCCUCGAACCUAAAGCUCGAUAAGGAAAUAAUUGAUGCCAUAGGUCCACAGCUGAAAGUGAUCUCUACUAAAUCUGCGGGCAUUGAUUUUGUGGACGUGGAAGAGUUUAAGCGACGCAAGAUACCGCUGGGUCAUGUACCAUAUGUUCAAAACGAUGCAGUGGCAAAUAUGGCGGUUGGUUUAUUGUUGGCAGCAGCGCGUCGUUUCCACGAAGGACGCUUGAAGAUUGAUACCAACAAUUGGGAGACCCACACUUUUAACUGGAUGUUGGGUCAAGAUGUGCGCGACUCGGUAGUGGGUUUCUAUGGAUUUGGUGGCAUCGCCCAAGCGAUCGCCAAGCGUCUGUACGGUUUUGACAUCGAUAGUGUCCUUUACACCACCCGUCGUCGCGUGUCUGAGGAAAUUGAGCAGAAGUACAAUGCCAAAAAAGUAGAUUUCGACACCAUGCUUGCUCAGAGUGAUUUCGUUAUCAUUGCUUCACCAUUAACUAAGGAGACCGCUGGUGUUUUCAAUGCAACUGCUUUUGGUAAAAUGAAGAAAACCGCCGUGUUGGUGAAUAUUGCACGUGGAGGUAUUGUAAAUCAGCAAGAUUUAUAUGAGGCCCUGAAAACAAAUCAGAUAUUUGCUGCCGGUCUGGAUGUGAUGACACCAGAACCACUGCCAUCGAAUGAUCCCCUAUUGAGCUUGCCAAAUGUUGUGGUUAUGCCACAUGUAGGUUCGGCUAUCAAGCGGACACGGGACGAUAUGUCAAUUCUUGCGGCUCAAAAUAUUUUGCACCAACUUGCUGGUGAAGCAAUGCCGGCACCCGCUUAUUAAAUGACACUGCCAUGCCCAUGCAACUUGUGGAAAUAUUAAUUUAAACUUGACAUUUGAAUAAAGACAAAUCUACAUCACAUAUGUACAUAGUUGUACAUGUUGUUCUAAGAUGUUUUAGCUCAAA